AUGAAUUCCUCUUGGGGAGGAGCUGCCAAUGAAACCCCCUCCUCCGACAGGGGCGCUGGGAGCUCUCCCUCUCCAGCUGCCUUCAGUGGUCCCCUGCGCACCAUCGAACCCUGGAAUUACAAAGUUCUGGCGACGUUAAUGUUUCUCGUGACAUUUCUGUCACUGUCUGAAAACUUCCUCGUCUUGCUGGUGACCUACAGAUACAAGCAGCUACGCCAGCCUCUCAACUACAUCAUUCUCAAUCUGUCAGGAGCCGAUUUCCUGGCCUCGCUGGUGGGUGGCACUCUCAGCUUCCUCACCAACCUUUACGGAUAUUUCUUCCUGGGCGCCUGGGCGUGCGUUCUGGAAGGUUUUGCGGUAACUUUCUUCGGCAUUGUGGCACUCUGGUCACUUGCAGUGCUAGCCUUUGAGCGGUAUUUUGUGAUCUGCCGGCCACUGGGUAAUAUCCGCUUGCAGGGAAAGCACGCUGCCCUUGGCAUUGUCUUCAUUUGGGUGUUUUCCUUCAUCUGGACUUUCCCACCUAUCAUUGGCUGGAGCAGUUACACUCUCAGUCCAAUUGGCACAACCUGUGAACCUAAUUGGUAUUCUGGAGAACUCAAAGAUCACUCCUAUAUUAUUGCACUUUUUACAACUUGUUUCAUAAUGCCCUUAUUGCUUAUAUUUGUAUCUUACGGAAAACUGAUGACGAGACUAAGGAAGGUGGCAAAUACGCAAGGGAGGUUGGGAGUUGCAAGAAAACCUGAAAAGCAAGUCACCAGGAUGGUAAUUGUCAUGAUAGUGGCAUUUCUUUUCUGCUGGUCACCAUACUCGGUUUUCUCCAUAAUGGUGACUAUUUGUCCAACCAUUGAGUUAGAUCCACGGAUAGCAGCAAUACCAGCUUUCUUCGCAAAAACUGCAACAGUUUAUAAUCCAAUCAUUUACGUGUUCAUGAAUGGACAGUUUAGGAAAUGUCUCCUUCAAAUGUUCAGCCUCUCCGAACCCGAAAUCAACCCAACAGCAGAGCAUGCAAUGCAAGCAGGUAACAAUAAUGAGAGAGAAAUGUCCACCAUUGCAACACGGAUGACUUCUUACUGCAAUACAGCACCAAGACCAGAAGAAGGAAACAAACGUGACACCUUUGCUCAACUGCCAAUUCCUGAAAAUGAAGCAUACCCAGUGUAA